AUAGCACCCAAAAUGAAUCUCAAUCUCGAUCCCUAUAAAAUAAAUCGAUAUUCAAUAAUACCAAAUAGUGAUAAAUUCGGUAUGUAUUUGGUAUAAUCCCAAAUACCAGUACCAAACUUACAGCAGUAAAAGGAAACUACAAAAAUACAAUGUACAAGCCUUCCUUCGCGAGGCUAACACUACCUAAAUAUCUACAAACUAUAUACAAACUAACACCUGCUAACUUCUACUAACCAAUUUACACUAUUUGACUAUAGAAACAAUUGAGCACAAACAUCACCCAACCGAGAGUUCCCUUGCCUUGCCAAUUCCAAAAUCCUCAUUACUGAUCUAACAAUCUCAUUAUGCUGUUGUUGUUUCCCAUCAUGAGCCGUAGCACACCUCUCACGCCAUAGAAGACUAAACAACAAAUUCCAUAUCAGUUUCCUCGCACGCUCUUUUGGUCUGUUACCUGCAAACUUGUGAACUGCCCAGUUGAGAUAUGCCUCAAACUGAGUGAAUCUGAAAGAGCACGGAUUUAGGUGUGCGAUUGAGGAUCGUGAUUGGUAUGAGAAUUAGGGAUUUGGGUGAGGUAGAAUUUGAGAAUUGGGGUUGAGAGAGGAGGAAUCCGGUCACCGGGAUGGUGGCCGACGGGUGGGAGAGGGGAGAGGAGUUCGACAAUGAGAGAGAGAGGGAAAGCUUUAGGGAAUAAUUCUGUUUGUUAUUGCUUAACCCUAGGUUAGGCCUAACACAGAAUAUAUAUAAUCCGACUAAUUCCCUAUAACUACUCAAAGACUUAACCUAACCGAUUUAACCCCAAAUAAUCCCGAAAUAGCCAACAUAACAUAAAACGUCCAAAUAUAGAGUUGAGUGGGCCUUUCUUCUUGCAGUUUUGGAUAAAAUGGGAUUCAGCUCUGUCUGGAGAGAUUGGAUCCAUGAAUGUCUCAGAUCAUCGUCGUUUUCUAUUCUAAUGAAUGGGAAUCCCUCUGGUUAUUUCUCUCCGACUAGAGGACUACGUCAAGGCGAUCCCCUCUCCCCUUUGCUAUUUGUUAUCUGCACUGAGGGGUUUGCGGCUUUGAUUCGGCAAGCCAUUUCUGAGAAGAGACUGGAGGGGGUAAAGGUAGCUCCUCGUGCUCCCAGGAUCUCUCACCUUUUCUUUGCCGAUGACUCCUACUUAUUCCUUCGAGGCACUCUUCAGGAAUGUGAAAACCUGAUAACAAUCUUGAAUGAAAAUGAGGAACUCAGUGGCCAGAGGGUGAACUUGGGGAAGUCAGCGGUUUGCUUUAGUAAGAACGUUUCUUUGCCAGAUCAAGAGUUCCUCGCCCAGAUUCUGGGGGUUGGGGCGGUUGGAGUGCAUGAUAAAUAUCUAGGGCUGCCUACCCUAAUAGCUCGCUCAAAGAUGGCUACCUUUCGAUAUCUGGAGGAGAAAUUGUUGGAACGGCUGCAGGGGUGGAAGCAGCGCACGCUUUCUUGGGAUGCCAAGGAGACUUUGAUUAAAUCAAUAGCGUUAGCUUUGCCACUGCAUGUCAUGUCCUGUUUCAGGCUCCCGCUUUCCCUGUGUCGUCUUCUUGACAGGCACGUGGCUCGCUUCUGGUGGGUAGUUGAGGAUGGGCACUCCAGAAUUCGGUGGAUCUCUUGGCGUAACAUGUGCAGAAGUAAACAUGAGGGGGGAAUGGGCUUUCGCCGUUUUGAACAGUUUAAUCAGGCCCUCUUGGCAAAAAUUGGAUGGCGUAUCCUUACUGAUCCGGAUUCCUUGUUAGCCCAGGUGUACAAAGGGAAAUAUUUUCCGAAUACUUCCUUCCUUUCGGCUACGGCUAGAUCCCGUCCGUCUUGGGGCUGGCAAAGUGUCCUUUAUGGUCGUCAGCUGCUGGAGAAGGGGUUACGUUGGCAGAUCGGGAAUGGGCAAACUGCUUCUCUCCUACACUCUAAUUGGAUUCCGCAGGUGCAUCCCUGGCCAGUGCGGUUUAACCCCCGGGUGCUGCCUGUAGGGGGGGACCCUACUGAGUUUGAAGUAAUCAGCCUGGAGGGCGGGUGCUGGGUGGAGGAUAAGCUUACUCAGUGGUUUGACCCGGAUACGUGUAGUGCAAUUAGAGCUAUUCCCCUGCCGCGGUAGAAUUUAGAGGAUAGACUGAUCUGGCAUGCCACGACUGAUGGGUUGUUCACUGUGAAGUCAGCUUAUCAUUUAGCAGUUUCAAUAGAGAGAAGUAAUGGUCGUUGCGCCAGUUGGCAAGUUGGAUGGACAAACCUAGCUGGAUACGCCUUUGGGAGGCUAAUCUCCCACCUAAGUUGAAGGUCUUCUGCUGGCAAAUCUUUAAUAGAAUCCUCCCAACCACAGAAGCUCUUCGGGAGAAAGGGGUGGAGGUUCUUCCUCGGUGCCCGGUCUGCUGGGCAGAAUCUGAGACCAUGGAACAUUUGUUUCUGGAUUGUCGAGUGGCGCGUGCGCUUUGGGAUUUAUCGGGGUUGGAUUAUCUCGGCCAAGGGUUGCCUCGACAUACGUUUCCUUUUUUCCUCAAAAGAUUAAUGACCCUAGUGCACCAGGCCCCUCUAUUUAUGAAAAUUGUGGUUGUCCUUUGGAGGAUUUGGCGAUCUAGAAACUGGGUAGUCUUUGAGGGCAAGCAGUUUGGGAUCCCGUCCUUGAUGCGACAAUUUAAUCAACCGUUUGAGGAAUGGGUUAGCCUGCCUGUCGAUCGUCCCCAACCGUUAUAUGCUCCUCUGCCAGGUCCCUAGUCGUCGGAUUCCACUAGGCGGGCUUCGUGUAUAUGGGAUGGGGCGACUAGGUCCGGUUCUCAUUCGGCGGGUGGGAUGGUGGUGGUGGAUGCUAAUGGAGAUCCGAUCUUGGCUGCAGGAUUUCAGAUUCCUCAUAUUGAUAAUCCUCCAGUUGUCGAGUUGUUGGUGCUUCGUGAGGCCAAUUAGGUGGUGCCUGAACUUGGGAUUUACAGAGAUGCGAUUUGAAGGCGACGCCAAAGUCAUUAUUGAUAAACUUAAUAGGGCGGAUGCGAGUGAUAGCCAGAUGGGCGUGAUUCUUCAAGAAGUUAUAAAUAUUUUAGCUGUCC